AUGGGGAGAUGGCUUAGUGCAAUGCUGGGAAUGUUAAUGAUUGGAUUCCUUAUGAUAGCGAUACCAUUCGCCAAGAAUAUAGGACAUCUAAUUGUACCAAAUUUCGCGGUAGGAUUUGGAAUUGGAAUGGUUGAUUCUUCAAUGAUGCCUCUAAUGGGUUAUCUGGUGGACUUACGUCACGUAUCAGUUUAUGGUAGCGUCUACGCCAUUGCUGAUGUCGCUUUCUGUCUUGGUUAUGCUGUCGGUCCGGCGCUUGGCGGCGCUUUCGUACGAAGUGUGGGUUUUGCAUGGAUGAUCUGGAUAAUAGCAAUAGUGAAUAUUCUAUAUGCACCAACGAUGUGGUUCCUUCGUAAUCCGCCCGCGAAAGAAGAAAAAUUGUCCCUUGUCAUGAAUGAACAAUGUCCGAUCCAGUAUGUUACCUACAACCAAAAUAACCAUGGGGGAACCUCCGAAGAUGACGAAGGAGGCUUCUACGAUUGA